AUGGACAACUGGUACUCGUCGGUGGAGUUGUGUUUGACGCUGCUCAAGAUGGGCAUGUAUUGCCGAGGAAUGGUUCGAAGCAACAGAGCGCACAACCCACGGUUCGGCAUGUUCGACAAGAAGCAGAUCAAGUCCGUCAUGCGCGGUUCAAGUCUAGUGUCCGUCGCUACAUCUCUUGGCAUCAUUGCCGUUUCCUGGCUCGAUGGUACAGUCGUGAACAUGCUAUCUACUGCGGAUGCAACUACGAAGUCGUAUGUCCAUCGCCGAAUUGGAAGUGAAACUCGCCAACAAGAAUGCCUGUCACUCGUCGGCCUGUACAACAAGUACAUGCAAGGUGUGGACCGCCACGAUCAACUCCGCGAACGGUUCUCGAUCGCGUCGGGUGCAAGUUUCAAGCACUGGUACAAGAAGCUCGGGUUUGCACUCGUCGACAUUGCUAUCACCAACUUGUACGUGCUCUACACGCUCUGCGAACCAGUGAAUCGACGCGACUCGCACAUGCAUUUCCAAACAAAGCUCGCGAACCAAAUGCUGUUUGAAACGGAUUGGACAUUGUUUUCGGAGACCCAAGUACCAAUGGAGUACGCCAACGUACCAAUGACUCAGUCUGCGAAGGUUCUUAAAAAGGCGGCGGCCGACAAGGCGGCAGCCGAAGGCAAAGCCGCUGCUCUGAAGCGCGACGCUUCUCUUCGGCAGCCGCCAACGCCCUCAUUCACUUGUCGGGCGACGGACAAGCAAGCGGAAGUGUCGUACGACCAGCGUAUGCGCCGUUACUGUGUCGUUUGCUACUUCGAGCGGAACAAAGAACUCAUCAAGACGCAGUGGUGCGACGUGCACAAAGUGUACUUAUGUACAAAGGCCUACGUGCCAAGCGACCAGCAAGUCCCAGCGCACGUCUGCCCUCAUGCCGCGUGGUCCUGCUGGGACAAAUUUCACUCUUUCUAUCAUCCGAAGGGCCUUUUCAAGAAGGACGGCAAGAUGGAUCGAGGCAGCGAACUGUACAGAUUGAAGAAGCAUAGUGUGAUGGAACACAAGGCGAGCAGCGCGAAGAAAACUCUCAUUUUUCUUUAG